AUGGACGACAGAAUCAUUUCGCCCGACGGAGAACUAACAGCCUUGCUCCAGCAGGAUGAGUAUGUUCCCGACGGCGAGGAAGAACAGACCGAGAAUGAAGAUCUUCGACAAAUGGUUCAGCAACUUUUGAACCCGGACAGCGAUCUCGCCCAGCGCGUAGAGGAGAUCGUUAUAGGAACAUGCGCGAAGCGAGAAUAUGACCACCAAACCCAGCCCGACGAGAACGGUGUCGUCGAGAUCCUGCCCAAUGUACUGAAUUCUGCGGCACUCGAGGAAAUGCUCAAGAGCGUGAAGAAUCUUCGAACCUUCUCGUGGUGCAUUAACAUGCCAAUCCCACCGAAUAUCCUCACUCGUCUCAGAGAAUCAUGGCGCGACGUCCAUCUUCGAGUCCUCAAACGUCAAAUGUCCGACGACGCAAUCAAUCUCCCAGAAUUCGACUUCGGCUUUUUCACUUCAUUCCCACUUUCGCAGACUCACAUCGACAGAAACGACUUCGGCAGCAUAGUGUACUCCUCCCACAUGGACACAAGAUUCCUUCGUCUGCAACUUCUCGUGCCAUAUUCUCCUGCCAACGAAGGCCCAGCCAAGGCGGAGUGGAUGAAACGAAAGACCGACCUUGCGAUAUCUGUGAUUGGAUCCCUUUCAAAUCUCGGAUUGAUCUAUGCGACGGACUAUCAGGGAGAACUCCCCUUGCUCGUCCCGGCCAUAGUCGAGAACCACGCGUCAACAUUACAGAAGUUGAAACUGCACAGUAUCCCAGUCUUCACGUCGAGGCGACCAAAUGGGCUUUUAUAUCUGAACCCCGACCAAAUUCAUCUCAUGGCAACUCACUUGAGAUUGCUCACGCGUCUGGAAAUGGAUCUUUCCCCGUUUGAUACGACUGCGGGUGACCAUAUGCUCAUGCCAUUCACAUCACCCUCUCCGACCACUGCUGCGUUAUCAACCCUGGUCCGCUCUCUUCCAGCACUGCGGACAAUGAGACUCUGGAUCGAGGUUCCCGUCACCAAAUCAGUCUUUCAAGACGAUGGGUCGUCAGGAACGCGCCCUCCGCCAUUGAAGGAGGAUAAGCUGUGCCAGACCGUUGCGAAUUUGUAUGCGCUGUUGAUGAAGGAUUCAGAAUUGACGAAAUCGUCGAGAACGUUGGAAUGUUUAGAGGUGGCUUUCACAAGGUUAGAUUCGUGGGAUCGACAGGGAGCUUACCCAAGGUUCUUGACCGUUAGAUUGCUUCCUUCGGACGCCGGUAUCGAUGCUCGGAAAGGAGAUGGUGCAGAAAAUACUUGGGUGGGAGGGUUUACCAUUGAGAUCGGAGAAUGGCAGGACGACUAUGCGGAGGAAGACAUUGAGGGUUUCAUUGGUUACGCCGUUGGAUUCAUCCAUUAG